UCUUUCAUGUUGGCCAGCUGCUCUAUGAUGUUAGAUCUAUGCUAACGUUAUGUUCCCUCUAGCUACGUUAACCCCUUUCUCGCUGCUAACUUAUAGUUCUGGCAAUGGUUCAUUUCAUAAGCACAUAUCCUAUGUAAUUUGUCGAUAUUACAACAUGUGGUUAGACCAUACUGUUUGUGGAUAAGAGUAUAUUGCUAGCGUGCAACUCUAGCUAAAUUGCCUUAGCGCAGGUACAUUUAUCGUUCUAGUUCUCUCCAGGUUACGAGAAUCUAACGUUAAACGGAAGUUAGCCGUUAGCAAAAAACACAUGAAAGUACUAGCGCAUCGUCAGUUUGUUAUCAGAUAUGAACCAGAACCGAAAUCGAUUGUCAAACUAAAUUCGAAAAUGGUUGUGAACAUAUUCCAUGCACAAUACGUUAACCUAACAUAAACAGCUCUGUGCUUUCGUCGCUCGACGUCCUGAACAUGUGUGAUCGUAUUUUGUUUUGCAGACUCGGGCGCUGGAGAGGUCCAUUGGUGUUUUUCUUGAGCUCAACACAUACUACCACUUCACUGCUCAACGUUUUAUAUAUUUGUAAUUAGGAGAUUGUAUGAAAACGGAUUAGGAUUGGGAUUUUCUUCGCACCUGUGCACGGAAAACGGAAAAUCUCUCCACGUUAGCAGGGUUUGGACACACCAAGCCAUGACGGACGGGAGGAUUUAUGUGGGGAACCUUCCCAUGGAUGUGCAGGAGAGGGACAUUGAGGAUCUCUUCUACAAAUAUGGAAAAAUCCGGGACAUAGAGCUGAAGAACAACAGAGGCACCAUCCCCUUUGCCUUUGUGCGCUUUGAGGACCCACGGGAUGCUGAGGAUGCUGUCUAUGGAAGGAAUGGAUAUGGAUUUGGAGACUGUAAGCUGCGUGUGGAAUACCCCCGCUCAUCCGGAUCCAAGUUUAGUGGCCCCGUAGGAGGGGGAGGACCCCGGGGAAGGUUCGGACCCCCCUCUCGGAGGUCUGAGUUCCGGGUGAUAGUGACUGGUCUCCCUCCUACAGGCAGCUGGCAAGACCUGAAGGACCACAUGCGUGAGGCAGGGGAUGUGUGUUUUGCAGAUGUGCAACGCGAUGGAGAGGGUGUGGUUGAGUUUCUGCGAAGGGAAGACAUGGAGUAUGCCCUGAGGCGCCUAGAUGGGACAGAGUUUCGCUCUCACCAGGGGGAGACCGCUUACAUCCGGGUUAUGGAGGAAAGGGGUUCCAGCUGGGGGCGCUCGCGCUCCAGGUCCAGAUCCCGUGGGCGUUACUCGCCCCCGUACCAUAGCAGAGCCUCCCCUCCUCACCGCUACCACUCACCCCCUCCCCCUCGCCACUCCCUGUCCCGUCAUAGCCCCCCCAGUCGCAGGCCACCCGCACAGCACCACAGCAGUCCCCCUCCACGCCACUACCGAUAAACCCCCCCCCCCCCAUCCCCCAGUGCAGAAGAGUCCAGGCCCUGGCCCAUGUCUGUUUUUCUUUCUUUUUAAAAACCCAUCCUCUCCACUGCCGCCUUUUCAUUUUGUAAUUUACAUUCCAUCGAGAUUGCCCCCCCCCAACACCCAUUCAAUCAAGGCCUUAAUUGUAUGAAAUUUUCUUACAAAUCUCUGAUUACAUGAGAUGCCUCAUGGAUUUUACCUUGUCAUGCCAUCAGUUAGUGUGUGUAUGUAUGUAUUGUAGGAGUAUGACUGCUGUCAACUGAACCAUGGGAGCUUUGCCAAUACAGUUCACGACUGGAGUCCAUACAUGCUGGAAUGGGUGUAGUGUGUGUAGUGUAUGUGUAAGAGCACUCGCAUGGCAGUCUGAAAGCUAUCCUUACAAUAGUCAUCCUCUUGAGUCACCCUGAUUUGAGGUUUCCUACUCUUAACCCAAACUACUCAGCUGCGCAAGCACUGGUAAGACGAUGUUCUGAUUGUAAUCUGGUACACCUUUUGUUUUUUCAAUAUAUUUUUGUUUUUGAUUUUGUUUUAAAUUAAAAGGAUAAUCAUUUUAACUUG